UUGAAGCUAACGCUAGCCUCUGAUCUCCAGUGAGUUCCAGCUGAGUGAAGAUGACACUUCAACACCUUUAAAACACUUUAUUCUUUAUUCUGUCUCUGACGGAGGAUCAGACCCUCUCAGACCGGAAGGAAGCCGCAAGAGGAGACUGGUAGAACACGUCAGCGGCGAUGAGCAGCAGCUCUCUCUCCGUGCAGAUGGACGAGGUCCGGAGGAGAGCUCAGUCCGUCCUGUCCUCCUCCGGCGUCGCCCAGGACGUGAAGGCCGACGUCCAGGCGAUGGCGAGCAUCGCUCUGCCGCUGGCGGAGAAGUACCGGCACCUCACCGCCGAGGACAUGCUGAGGGAGAACGCCGCCAGCCGCAGCAAGCAGGAGGUUCUGGAGUCUCUGAGCAGACUGGUGAAGGCCUUGGGUAUUCUGGAAAAGUACGGCUGUAACCUGACCUUCCCCAACAGGCCCAAGUACUGGAGGAGCGUCAAGCACAACAACCCGGUCUUCAGAACCACGGUGGACGCCAUCAAGGGAGGCCGCCGAGUCCUCUUUCUCUACGGUUACACCAAUCAGCAAAUCGAUGGCCUCAGUUUUCCAGAUGAAGUCGACCAACCAGACUCUGAAAAGGUUGCCGCGGUGACGCUGGAGGUCAUGACCUUACGCACCGAGGUGGACAUGAUCGUUAAGGGCACCCAUCCUCACCUACAACACUUCAAAGAUAUCUUCCCAUUUCUCGAGCAGAAGGUCGCGGUGGUGAAUGACCCGGUGGUGAUUCAGCCUGUGGAGAAGCAGCAGAGAGACAAACCUCAGGUCGCGGUGGUGAAUGACUCGGUUGUUAUUCAGCCUGUGGAGGAGCAGCAGAGAGACAAACCACAGGUCCUCUCUCCUUCACCCAAACCUGCUCCCGGCCCCGUGGCUACGCCCCUUCAGCCGUCAGCUGGAUCUCUCGCAGCUUGUAGUUUGUGUGGCAGCCGUUCGUCCCUGGUUUGCCCCUCGUGUGACAGUCGGACCUUCUGCGACGCCUGUGAUGGCGUCUAUCAUCGCCACCCGUCCAGAGCCGCUCACAAGAGAGACACAAUACAGAAAAGCAAACUGGAGACCUGCGGCAUCUGUGGUGUUUCCACUGUCCAGUCUCAGUGCUCCACCUGUGUGCAGAGGUUGUGUCUGAACUGUGACAAACUGUUUCACUCGCACCCCGACCGCAAAGGACACAACCGGUCCGGCCUCGCAGCAGCCAAAACAGCCAGUCUGUCUCUGUCUCCUUGGGCGUGUGCACAUUGCACCACGGUGAACGAGAUGCGAGCUGUUCUCUGCUCCACCUGCGAACGGCCUCGACUCUCCACGGCUGCAUCCUCCGCUCAGGAGAGUCCGGCUCCCACCUCACCAAACACCGAGUGGCAGUGCAAGAGCUGCACUGUGAUGAACCAAGGCAGCAGCAUCCUGUGCGAGGUGUGUGAGCGCCCUCGUCUGGCCACUCGCCCACCUGUCGCCCCGGCCCCGUCCAGCUCUGGUUCUCAGUCUGACACCAACACAAAGUGGACGUGUCAGUUCUGCACCUAUGUGAACACCAAGCCCACGGGGGUGUGUGAGAUGUGCAGCCUGCAGUGUAAAGACUCUCCCGGCGACUCGGUGCCUCAGUCUCUCCAGCAGCCGCCGUCCAUCACUAAGGAUCAAACUCCGCCUGCGGCCGUGAAGCCGGCGGCAGCUCCAGGAGUGAACCUGGAGCUGAAGAGACAGGAGAUGAUGAGGGAGGACGGACUCAGCCUCAUCAACCAGAUCAGGGAAGCAGAAAAACAAGAUGUCAGCCCGGAGGAGGUGUACGCCGCCCUGUGCGUGUGCGGCGGCAGCAACGUCAACCCCUGUGAUUGGCUGACGUCAGAGCUGCCGCACCUGCUGGAUGAAAUCUGCGCUAUGGCAGCGUCCGUCCAGCAGACCUGUAAGACCGGGGAUUCUGGGAUACAAGCCGUGGUGGACAGAGACAGGGAGGAGUCGGCGGAGAGCGAACCCAGCGCCACAGUGGAAGAUGUGAAGCUGUCCAGAGCCGAGGCCAAGCUGGCGUGGUUAGCGGCGGGAGGAGACACCGACCGAGCCGUGACGCAGCUGCUGAGAGACCGACAGGCCAAGAUGAGGGAGCUCCACUCUCUGGGCUUCAGGGAUGUGACCCAGUGUGAGGAGGCUCUGCGGCUGAGUGGAGGUGAGGUCAAAGGGGCUUUGUCUCUGCUCCAGCGCCCCCUACUGGAGCCUUUCCACCAGCGUAUCUGGACCACCCAGCUCGAGCCACCAAUUGAUCCCCAGAACCCGGACAAACAGAGGAUGUGCAGGCGUCUGCUGGCGUUGUAUGACCUGCCCAGCUGGGGGCGCUGUGAGCUGGUGCUGGCGCUGCUUCAGGAGCCAGAUGUCACCUACUCCCUGGAGGACGUGGUUCAAGCUGUGAAGGAGUCACAUGACAAGGACUUCAUCAGGCGCCUCCUGAAGAACGAGUGUCCGUGCUGCCUGUGCAUCUUCCCUCGGUGCAAGAUGCAGUCCCUGACUUCCUGUCAGUGCUCGGUGUGUCACGAGUGUUUCGGUCAACACUUCACCGUCGCUGUGAGAGAUAAACACAUCCGAGACAUGGUGUGUCCCGUGUGUGGAGAGCCCGACAUCAAUGUCCCCGAGCAACUGGACAGCUACUUCUCCACACUGGACAUACAGCUGCGCGACUGUCUGGAGCCUGAAGUGUACGAUCUGUUUCACAAAAAGUUGACGGAGCACGCUCUCAUGAAAGACCCGAAGUUCCUCUGGUGCUGUCACUGCAUCUCUGGGUUUAUCAACGAUGGAGACCAGCUGAAAGUCACAUGUCCAUCAUGUCGUAAAAGCUUUUGUACCCAGUGCAAGAAACCUUGGGAGCCUCAGCACCAGAACCUGUCCUGUGAGCAGUUCCAGCAGUGGAAGAGGGAGAACGACCCCGAGUACCAGCGGCUCGGCCUGGCCGGCUACUUGAGAGACAACGGCAUCACCUGUCCUCACUGCAGGUUCCAGUACGACCUGACCAAAGGCGGCUGCAUGCACUUCUGCUGCUCCCAGUGCAGGUACCAGUUCUGCAGCGGCUGCAACAACCCGUACCACAAGACGGGAUGUAAGACGCCUCAGUGCAGUAUCCCCGGUCUGCAUGCACAUCACCCCCGAGACUGUCUCUUCUAUCUGAGAGACUGGGAACCCCCGAGGCUCCAGGCCCUGCUGCAGAGGAGCGGAGUGGAGUUCAACACGGAUCCUUCCACUGGAACUCAAACUGACACGUGUGGCGUGAUGGAGCAGAAAGAUGAAGGAGCUGCACACAGCGAUUCAGCGUGUGGCCUGAAAACUCAGCCGGGACAAGCUGGGCUCUGCGAGAGACACUACCGCGAGUACCUGGUGAGUCUGAUCAACGCUCACUCCGUGGACCCGGCGCUGCAGUACGACGCCGUGGAGCUGGUUCGAGCCUGCGAGCGAUACCAGGUGGACGUGCAGCGAGGAGACGGCGAGGACGACAACACGUUCCACGCUCGCCUGCUGCAGAGAAUCAUGGCCGCAGGAAGAAUGCGCUGCACGCGGCGACUGAGAUCCUGGAUGAUCGAUCAGGUCAGCAGUGGAAAGUACUCGGGGCUGGAGUGGGACGACGAGGCCAAAACCAUGUUCCGGAUCCCGUGGAAACACGCCGGCAAGCAGGACUUCCGCAAAGAUGAGGACGCCGCCAUCUUUAAGGCGUGGGCGGAGUUCAAGGGGAAGCUGACGGACGGAGGUCAGGACAACCCGGCGAUCUGGAAGACCCGGCUUCGCUGCGCCCUGAACAAGAGCCCGGAGUUCCAGGAGGUGAUGGAGCGAGCGCAGCUGGACAUCUCCGAGCCGUACAAGGUCUACCGCCUGGUGCCCUUCAGCGAGCAGGGUUUGUUGCUUCCUGAAGAGAAAAGCAGAAAGAUAAGCCCCAGGAAGCUGAAGAGGAGGAGGAGCAGCGAGUUCGAGAGCGACGAAGAGGACGAGGUUCACGUCAAGCAGAUAAAGACGGAGGAGGUCACGUCUCAGCUGUGUGACGAGAAGAUUCUGCAGCAGAGUGAGAUCCAGGUCCCGACCGACGAGCCGGUCCAGCACAGCACCGUCACCAUCCAGAGAGACGUGGUGGACGAGAUCCAGGUGGACGUUCGGUAUGAGGAGAGCGUUCCUGCUUCUCAUGAAGGCGACUCCAUCAACGUGGCGCUUCACUACUUAGGGAAGGAGGUUCUCAAACGCCAGAUCCUGGGCUCUGAUGUCCGGAUCACCUACCUCCCUUCCUCCCUUGUUCCCCCGACGCCGUCCAACGUCCUGAGGGGCCGGUUCCCACGCAUCCCUCUGCCGGAGCCCCCCCCCACGCUGUCGGCCGGCCCCGAGCUGCAGGCGCUGCAGACCCUGCUGCCCUUCAUGGAGAAGGGGGUGGUGCUGACCUCCACGGAGAAGGGCGUGUACGGCAAGAGGUACUGCCAGGGGCGGGUCUUCUGGACGGGGCCGCACACGAACUCCGGGGGGCCGCACAAGAUGGAGAGAGACUCUGAUCCGGUGCUGCUCUUCAGCAGAGACGCCUUCAAGCAACAGCUGGAUCCUUUCUGCUCGAACGGAGGAGACCCGCCUCCGUGCGGCUUCACUCUGUGUUUCGGAGAAGAGCUGAGUGACAGCGACAAGCCGUCCGAGAAACUCAUCAUCGCUCAGAUCACGCUGCCGUGGGCGGAGCAACAGGUGCAGGACGCUCGCACCUUCUGCAACUCCAUCAACUUCUUCAAGUCUCUGGCCAGUCAGUCGCCGCUGGGAGAGAUCACCCUGAACCUGGUGGCCGUGCCGUCGCCCACGACGCCCGAGUCCAUCAUGUGGCCGUCGCUCUGAAGGCGCCAGGCAGCGUGAGGGGUUCAUUCCACAAACGAGACACUCCCCCCCCCCCAGGUGGUCGCCUGGAAGCACUACACGAAACUGAGAGGUCGUCUUCACUCUUUAAAUAAUGUGACGUUAAAUCUGUUCUUUUCAUUUAACCCGAGCCAGUGGUUCCCAGCUGCAGGACCAGGACUCCCAUCACUGUGUGUUUGUUGACCAGGCCUUUAAAAGGUCCUGGUGCACAGUUCACACGCAGAGGUCAAAGGUUGGGAACCACAGCUUUUACCAACUUAUAAUUAUGUUCAAACUAUAGCACUAUAGACACCUUGUGAAAUAAUAUUUUACUAUUAACAAUAAAAAAAAGGGAAACACAGCUGAAGCAGUGAUAUUAAUCAAAAGUAGUUCAGUAGAACAGUAGUGAUGGAGAAAAUACAUAUUACUAUUUUAAUGUAAUCACAAAGUCUCUUCAUCUAAAACACAAACCUCAGCUGUUUUUGUUAUUAAACACAGACGUGAGUAAAUACAAGAAGCUCGACUGUCGUCCUUUAAUAAAGUUUCACUGUUGAGGAAACAGGCAGAAAAAAAGGAGCCUACAUUUCAGUGCAUUUUAGGAGUUAUUGUUAUUACUACGUUAAUAUUAUAAAGGAGUCAAACUUGAUCUUAGUGUUUUAAAAGUUGCACUGAACUCUGACAUGGUUCAGACAUUUUGAAGUCAGUCUCUGUUCUAACGGCUUCUGGAUAACAAGAGAUCAGAAAUCACCCUCGAGUGAAACCUUGUGCCCUGCGGUGAACCCAGUCUGUUGAAGCUCAGAGUUGAGAAACGGGCUGAGAUCACAUCCUGUGUGGCACGUUUCCUCUUUCAAACCACAAGUUACGCUUUCCAAACUUAACAUUAGCAAAGAAACUCUGCAACAUACCAAAGGCAGCGACGCCAGUGAGUCACAGAAAAACAUCUGUAGAAGGUUGAGAUUUCAACACGUCACUUAACAGGAGUUUAGAGAAGCGGGCCGCAUGAUGCUCAGUUUAUUAGGAACACGUAGCUGAAACUUAUCCAGUUUGAUUCAACUGCAUCGAUUCAGAUGUUCAUGAAGGUUCAACCUGAAUCAUCACCUGCUUCUCACACAAACUCACAUUUCUGAGCUUCAACAGACGACAACUCGCUGCAGGACUUUCCUUCUAUAACGUGUUUCUAAUAUUGUGUCGCUUCAUGUUAAUAUCUGUGGGGAUAGCAAUACUAAGGGAAUAAAAUGGCAAAAGAGAAAGAGAAGAAAGAGAGAGAGAAAUGCCUCAGUUGUUGCGUAACAGUGUUAAAUGUGGAUUUCUCCUUCAGAUCAGCAGGUCUGGACCACAAGGCACAGUCUGACAAGGGGGGGGGUAGAGAAGGAUUACACACAGAUCAUCUAACGAUCUGUCAACAUUUUCUUACUUAAGCUUGUUCUAUGUCAUGUCUCUGUUCAGUUGACAAAGCAUUAAAAAUAAACGUCUUCCUAAA